GUGGGGGGGAGCGAGCGAGCGAGCUAGCGAGCGAGCUGGCCAGCGAGAGUCAGCCCUGCAGUGAAAGCAGCUCCGGUUUCCAGCCCCCGGGUCAUCGGAGCCCAUGCAUUUCAGAAGGAAAACUUGUAUUCCUCUCUCCUGCCUUUGAUCGUCUCCGUAGCUCGGGCCGUCGGAAGGACGUGGACGCCGGACGGAGGGAGGGAGAGAGCGGGGCGGGGGGAAAAUGCGAGAUGCGAGCCCCUUUGGCAACCUGACCAUUUCUUUGGACGAACCUGGAGAGCGUUUCUUAUCGGCUCUGGGAAGUGACUGCACGUCAAAGGAGGAGCCUCUGGGUGUGUGUGCGAGAGAGUGUUUGCGGGAGUGUGUGAGUGCAAGGGUGUGUGUGCACGCCCCACGAUCGGGAGUGUGCACGUCGGAAUGAGUGUGUGAGCGCUUGUGUGUGUGUGUGUAUGUGUGUGUGUUUGUUUGCGUGUGCGCGUGAAUGUUUUCGAGAGACGUACAUACAUAUAUUUAAAGAGAAGUCCUGAAAAACUGAAGCAGGUUGCUGUGCUUUUUUCGGAGGGAGGGGGGGAUGUCUACUCCCUUUUAAGACAAGCUGACUGAAGCCAGCUAUAUUAUUUGCCUUCCCCCCCUCUCCCCGCCAAUGAAGAGAAUUCUUCCUGCGAGCUAGAAGGUUGGUUCCCCCCUUUCCCUUUCUGCAGCCAAGUGAAACUGAUUAGUCCCCAAAACCUUGGAAAUCGACUUGACUCCUGCAAUUGCUGGGAGUACCCGAGAAGAAAUCGGGAGAAAAACAGAUCGGGGUUGGUGUAGCCCCUUCAGAAAAUGUCAUCUCAAACUAAGUUCAAGAAAGACAAAGAGAUCAUAGCUGAAUAUGAAACCCAAGUCAAGGAAAUCCGGACUCAGUUGGCCGAGCAGUUUAAAUGUCUGGAACAGCAGUCGGAGUCGAGGCUGCAGCUGCUGCAGGACCUCCAGGAGUUCUUUCGAAGGAAGGCAGAAAUUGAACUGGAAUAUUCCCGCAGCCUGGAAAAACUGGCCGAGCGUUUCUCCUCCAAGAUCCGCAGCUCCCGAGAACAUCAGUUCAAGAAGGAUCAAUACCUCCUCUCUCCUGUGAAUUGUUGGUAUCUAGUGUUGAACCAGACCCGGCGUGAGAGUAGGGACCAUGCUACCCUCAACGACAUCUUCAUGAACAAUGUCAUCGUCCGUCUCUCCCAGAUCAGUGAGGAUGUUAUCAGGCUCUUCAAAAAGAGCAAGGAAAUUGGGUUACAGAUGCAUGAAGAGCUGCUGAAGGUGACCAACGAGUUAUACACAGUCAUGAAAACCUAUCACAUGUAUCACGCAGAGAGCCUCAGUGCAGAGAGCAAGUUAAAAGAGGCGGAAAAGCAAGAGGAGAAGCAGUUCAACAAAUCCGGGGACCUUGGGAUGAAUCUGCUCCGGCAUGAGGACAGGCCACAGCGCAGGAGUUCUGUCAAGAAGAUGGAGAAGAUGAAGGAGAAGAGGCAGGCCAAAUACUCGGAAAAUAAGCUGAAGUGCACCAAGGCCCGCAAUGACUAUCUGCUGAACCUCGCGGCCACCAAUGCAGCCAUCAGCAAAUACUACAUCCAUGAUGUCUCCGAUCUGAUCGAUUGUUGUGAUCUGGGCUUUCACACCAGCCUGGCCCGUACCUUCAGGACCUACCUCUCUGCUGAAUAUAACCUGGAGACCUCUCGCCAUGAGGGACUGGAUGUCAUAGAGAACGCAGUGGACAACCUUGAUGCAAGGAGUGACAAGCACACGGUCAUGGACAUGUGCAACCAGGUCUUCUGCCCGCCACUCAAGUUUGAGUUCCAGCCCCACAUGGGGGAUGAGGUGUGCCAAGUGAGUGCCCAGCAGCCAGUCCAGACAGAACUGCUCAUGCGCUACCAUCAGCUCCAGUCGCGGCUAGCCACCCUCAAGAUAGAAAAUGAAGAGGUCCGGAAAACACUGGAUGCUACCAUGCAGACCCUCCAGGACAUGUUGACGGUGGAGGACUUUGAUGUCUCAGAUGCCUUCCAACACAGUCGAUCCACGGAAUCCAUCAAAUCUGCCGCAUCUGAGACUUAUAUGAGCAAAAUCAACAUUGCCAAGAGGCGAGCCAACCAGCAGGAAACUGAAAUGUUUUAUUUUACGAAAUUCAAAGAAUAUGUGAAUGGCAGUAACCUUAUCACCAAGCUGCAGGCUAAGCAUGACUUACUCAAGCAGACCCUCGGAGAAGGUGAAAGAGCAGAAUGUGGCACCACAAGCAGAAGAGAUGGAAGACUUAGGUUGCCUCACUUUCCCUGGCUGAGUCCUUCCUCUGCUCCCCAACUUGUGUCCCAUCCAGCACUUCAAGGAAGAAGAAAUGCUCGAGCCAGGAACCAGGAUUCAGGGCAGGCAAUACCCCUGGUGGUGGAAAGCUGCAUCCGCUAUAUCAAUUUAUACGGUCUCCAGCAGCAAGGUAUCUUUAGAGUGCCUGGAUCGCAGGUUGAAGUCAAUGACAUUAAAAAUUCCUUUGAGAGAGGUGAAGAUCCCCUGGCGGAUGACCAGAAUGAAAGGGAUAUUAAUUCAGUGGCUGGUGUCUUAAAGCUGUAUUUUCGAGGACUGGAAAAUCCACUCUUUCCCAAGGAAAGAUUUCAAGAUUUGAUAUCCACAAUCAAAAUGGAGAGCCCUGCAGAGAGAGUGCACCUGAUCCAGCAGAUUCUUGUCACCUUGCCUCGAGUGGUCAUCGUGGUCAUGAGAUACCUCUUUGCUUUCCUCAACCACCUGUCCCAGUACAGCGAUGAGAACAUGAUGGAUCCCUACAACUUGGCCAUCUGCUUUGGACCAACCCUCAUGCAUAUCCCAGAUGGACAGGACCCCGUCUCGUGCCAGGCUCAUGUCAAUGAAGUCAUUAAAACCAUCAUUGUCAAUCACGAGGCCAUAUUCCCCAGCCACAGGGAACUGGAAGGGCCAGUAUAUGAGAAGUGCAUGGCUGGAGGGGAAGAAUAUUGUGAUAGCCCACAUAGCGAACCAGGGACAAUUGAUGAAGUUGACCAUGACAAUGGCACAGAGCCUCAUACCAGUGAUGAUGAAGUGGAACAGAUCGAAGCGAUCGCCAAGUUUGACUAUGUGGGACGAUCCCCCCGAGAGCUGUCCUUUAAGAAGGGAGCCUCGCUGCUCCUCUACCACAGAGCCUCAGAAGACUGGUGGGAAGGUCGGCACAAUGGAGUGGAUGGACUGAUCCCCCAUCAGUACAUCGUUGUACAAGAUAUGGACGAUGCAUUCUCGGACAGCCUGAGCCAGAAGGCCGACAGCGAAGCCAGCAGCGGGCCCCUGUUGGAUGACAAGGCGUCUUCCAAGAACGACCUCCAGUCCCCCACAGAGCACAUCCCCGACUACGGAUUUGGGGGCGCGAUGGGCCGAGUACGGUUGAGAUCAGAUGGGGCUGCCAUCCCCCGUCGCCGGAGUGGGGGUGACACACACAGCCCACCUCGGGGCUUGGGUCCAGGGAUAGACACCCCACCUCGAGCAGCUGCCUGCCCCAGCAGCCCCCACAAAAUCCCCCUCAACCGAGGCAGGAUCGAGAGCCCAGAGAAGCGGCGGAUGGCAACAUUUGGAAGUGCUGGAAGCAUCAACUACCCGGACAAGAAGGCCCUUUCCGAUGGGCACCCGCUGAGGUCGACCUGCGGCUCCACACGGCACAGCAGCCUCGGAGACCACAAAUCUUUGGAGGCUGAAGCCCUGGCAGAAGACAUCGAGAAGACCAUGAGCACGGCCCUCCACGAACUUCGCGAGCUCGAAAGGCAGAACACGGUCAAGCAGGCUCCAGAUGUGGUCCUGGACACUCUGGAGCCCCUGAAGAACCCGCCCCUGGGCCCCAUCAGCUCCGAACCCGCCAGCCCCCUGCACACCAUCGUCAUCCGAGACCCAGACGCCGCCAUGCGCCGCAGCAGCAGCUCCACCACCGAGAUGAUGACCACGUUCAAACCGGCGCUGUCCGCACGGCUGGCGGGGGCCCAGCUCCGGCCGCCGCCCAUGCGGCCCAUCCGCCCCGUGGUCCAGCACCGCUCCAGCAGCAGCAGCAGCUCGGGGAUGGGCAGCCCCGCCGUGACCCCCACCGAGAAGAUGUUCCCCAACAGCUCCUCCGACAAGUCAGGGACCAUGUAGCGCCAGACCCUGACCGCCUCCAUCCAAGGAAAGCGCGGCUUCGGCGCCAGGGGCGGCCGCUUCUUUCCGGGGCGAGCCCGGGCUGGGGAUGUCUUUUGGUACCGGGAGAAGAAAAGCGGCCCAAAGACCACUACCCCGGGAAAGACGCGCAGAACAUUGAGUCGAUGGUUCUUGGUCGCCAUCUGUAUUUAUCUAUUUGCAGAAAGGGAUAGACGUAGAGUGUGUGUAUAUAUAUGCAUAGGAUAUGUACAUACACCAAAGUAGUCUGAACAGAAGCUUUUCAUAAGAUUUCAGCAAAGUGUAAAAAGGCUUAUUCUGCUUAUUGUCACUGGAAAUUAUUCUAUAUAUAUAAAUAUAUAUAUAGAUAUGUAUGUAUGUGUCUGUGGGUGUGUAUAUAUAUACAUAUUUAUGCAUCUAUAUACAUAUACUAUAUAUGUAAACACACAUACCAAGUGUAUAAAGUAUGUUCCUUUUUAUGAAAAUUAGACUUACCUCAGACCUGUGCCGCUAAACAUCUCCCGUAGAGUGGUUUGGUUGGAUUUGUGGGGCUUCUCUGGGAGAUUUGGGGGCACACAGCAACUGUGCAUGAAGCAAUAGAGCACUGGCCUUGGGAGAUUCCCCUUCCGUGUAAAUGGGCAUCUCGACAGACUGCAAGGUGCUAUGGGUAACGGUCUACUCAGAAAGGAGCCGGAGCGCCGGCAAACAGGCUUUCCUCGGUGACUGGGGAACCCUUCAUGUCAAGCCUGGAAAGACUCCUGGGAACCUACAAGAGGGAUGAGGGUCAGCCGUCUGCCAUUAAGAUAGACUAAAAAUGGACGACAAAAACCUGCCGCCCCACCCCACUCCCAACCACCAAACCCUUGUAUUUGUGUGUAGAAAAGGGGAUUAUAAGUACCUAAGCCUAAACGUAGCACAGUGUUGUGUGUGUUUAAAAAAAAAUGGAAAAAAAGAGAAUACAGUGGUGUUGAAUACUUCCAGACCCAACAGAGCAGUAGUAAUAAACCGAUAGAUAUAACUAUAGUGGUUUAACUUAGACUGUUUGGGAAAUCCUUAAUUUGCCUUUUUCUCUUUUUUACUAAUUAUCACCGUGUCAAAUUGGGACUUAAACAGGCAAGGAGGCUUUGGUUUCCAUUGGUUAAUUUCAAGUUGCACAGUAAUUCCCGAGAGUCUAACUUGGGUUGGGGUCCUCCCUCUUGCAUGAAACGCAUGAGCCAUAUUUGACCAGAUCAGACAGGAGCCAGUCUGAUGGGGUAAGAGUUUGCACUUUCUGUACUGUAUAAUACAGCUGAUGGAGUUUAUGCAAAUGAAAUUGCUUUCUGUUUCCUCCCUUUGGGGAGGGGAAAAUGUGCUGAUGGAGCUGGGAUGCAUGAUUUCUUAAUGUAUGAUGAUCGAGUCUUCUCUCUCCUUAUUGGGUUCAGGACCCUCUGUGAUUCUCUUAGUUCACUUUAUUUUCUCUUCUGAUCCUUUUUCCCAGGGAUGUGCCAAAAGCCGCAGGGUAUUAGAGCACAGGUGAAGCCAGUUUGAAUCUGAGCCUUGCUACUUAGAUCUUGAAUAUUCGUUCAGGAAAACCCUCUGCUCACCUUGUCUAGUUCUUCCUCCACCCCUACUUCCCUAGACCUCUGGUUAUUUUAUUUCUAUAAUUGUGCUGAUGAGCAAGAGAAUUUCUGCUCAAAUAUUAAAUGGGCAGCAUCCUUGGAAACUUUCUGUUAAUAUUAGAGGGGUGGACGGUGGUAGAAUUUUCUUGCCAGUUUCUCAAGGAGCUAGGUGUCAUCUUGAAUCAAUAAUAGCAUAUGUUGCUUGCAGGGCUCUCUAGAUGCAUCAGAGGGAGCUUUUGCCUCAGUCCUUCUGGUCUCCCAGGAACAUCUCCUUCAAGUAUCCCUGGAAUUUUCCCAUUACUGUUCAUUCCUUUAGCUUAAGCAUUGACCUGUGCCCUUUGGAAGAUAUAACAGUAUCUACCCCUCUUCCCCCCCCCCCAAUGAAGCAUGUCAUGUUAAGUCCUCAGGUUUUAGUGUUAAUGAAUGGGAUGUUUCCUGUCUGAUAGCAAGAUCCAGGGUGCAUGAGGAUAUCGGGUGCCUGGGGAGGGAAAGUUCUGAAGUCUGUAGAAAGGGGAAAAGUGAGUUUGCAGGGAGGGGAACCAAAGACAAGUUUCAUAUCCAUCACAAUUUUGCCUAAGGCUAGCUCUGGUUCUGUGAAUUGGAAAUCUUAAUUAUAAAAGGAGGCCCAAGAUCACCUGGCUCAAUCCCCUGAUCAUUGCCAUUUCAGAGAUUAGGUAGUGGAGUUGCAGAGAAGUGAUCUUGUCCAAGGUCGCAUAGCUGCUAAGCAACAGAGCCAGGGCUAAAAACCUACGUUAUUUACCUCCUAAUAUGGUGAUCUGUCCACUAUAUUGUGUAAUCCCUGGAUUAAGUACCUCAGUGGUCACUUUUUAAAAUUUCCUUCAAGAGAGAAUUGCCAUUAAAGAAAAGGUAUAGACUGGUAAAUUUUGGUCAUUUAUAUGUAAGCCUGUUGCAUCCUCUUCUAGGGAAAAAAGAUUUCUUCCCAUCUGCACAAGAGCCACAAGUCUAAAUUAAAUAUUCCAGCUAUUUUGGCUGAGUGAUCCCAUAACACCAAAUUGCAAAAUGAAAAAUUGCACCAAUCGAUUGGGAUGAUUUUCCCUCCUCUCUUCUGCCCCCUCCUUCCCAAUUGAAUUUACCAUUGGCUUGGGCUCUGGUGUAGAUAAAGCAUUAGUAAUUUUCUUUUCAGCACCCCAUUUUCUUCCUAUGGAGCUAUUUCACACUUUCUCACUCAGGAAAGGCUUCCCACUUGGGUAGAAGUACCAUAUCAUCCAUAGUUACAUUCCCCCAAAGUAAAAGCUGACCUGUUGGGUUGAAGCCAAUGGAAGACAAAUUCACCAUGAUUUUUUGAUCGCUCUUUCUCUCUCAACAGCCAGGACCCAUGCAUGUUCACAACGCGUAUCUUCCUGACCCUUGCCUGUUCUAGUCUGAUCGAUAUUGUCGUAUUUGUUGAAAUGCUAGAAAAGUAACUAUUGAAAUGUAAACUGUAUAAAAAAAAAAGGCUAAAUGUAAAUGGCAGCCAGUGCCACUCACCAAAUCUUU